AUGGCAAGCUCCUGGACCAGGCAAGCUCUUGGACCAGGCAAGCUCGUGGACGAGGCAUGCUCCUUGACCAGGCAAGAUCCUAGACCAGGCAAGCUCCUGGACCAGGCAAGCCCUGGAUCAGGCAAGCUCCUGGACCAGGCACGCUCCUGGUUGAGGCAAGCUGUUAGACCAGGCAAGCUCCUAGACCAGGCAAGCUCCUGGACCAGGCAGGCUCGUGGACCAGGCACGCUCAUGGACCAGGCAAGCUCCUGGACUAGGCAAGCUCCUGGACCAGGCAAGCUCCUGGACCAAGCACCCUCGUGGACCAGGCACGAUUCCGGACCAGGCAAGCUCCUUGACCAGGCAAGCUCCUGGACCACGCAAGCUCUUGGACCUGGCAAGCUCCUGGACCACGCAAGCUCUUGGACCAGGCACGCUCCUGGAGAAGGCAAGCUCUUGGACCAGGCAGGCUUUUGGACCAAGCAAGCUCCUGGACCAGGCAAGCUCCUGCACGCUCCUGGACCAGGCACGCUCCUGGACCAGGCAAGCUCCUGGACCACGCAAGCUCCUGGACCUUUCAUGGACGUGGACGUGGACGUGGACGUGGUCGUGGACGUGGUCGUGGACGUGGACGUGGACGUGGACGUGGACGUGGACGUGGACGUGGACGUGGACGUGGACGUGGACGUGCACGUGGACGUGGACGUGAACGUGAACGUGGACGUGGACGUGAACGUGAACGUGAACGUGAACGUGGACGUGGACGUGAACGUGGACGUGGACGUGGACGUGAACGUGGACGUGAACGUGAACGUGGACGUGGACGUGCACGUGGACGUGAACGUGAACGUGGACGUGAAUGUGGACGUGGACGUGGACGUGGUCGUGGACGUGGACGUGGACGUGGACGCGGACGUGGACGUGGACGUGGACGUGGACGUGGACGUGGACGUGCACGUGGACGUGGACGUGAACGUGAACGUGGACGUGGACGUGGACGUGAACGUGAACGUGAACGUGAACGUGGACGUGGACGUGAACGUGGACGUGGACGUGGACGUGAACGUGGACGUGAACGUGAACGUGGACGUGGACGUGCACGUGGACGUGAACGUGAACGUGGACGUGAAUGUGGACGUGGACGUGGACGUGGUCGUGGACGUGGACGUGGACGUGGACGCGGACGUGGACGUGGACGUGAACAUUGAUACGUGGACGUGGACGUGA